UAAGCCCCUCCCCAUGAAACUUCUCCAUCCUUCCUCUUCGCAGCUAACAAGGAAAGAAAAAUGGCUACCUCGCUCAUGAGCUCGUCGCCAUUGUCGUCCACUUUCUUACCUUCAACUCGCAGUUUGUCGGUUCAAGGACUUGGUCCAAACAGGAACCUCGGGCUCUGUCGGAAGCCACCGUCUUUCCGAGUUCGAGCGGCGAAGCUCCCCGACCGGGUGAUAGUGCCGAAAGCAGAGCCUAAGUUCGAAGCCGCGUUUCUUGGAUUCACAAACACCGCAGAGAUAUGGAAUUCAAGAGCUUGCAUGAUCGGACUCAUUGGGACCUUCAUCGUCGAGCUGAUUCUGAACAAGGGAAUUCUUCAAGUGAUCGGUGUUGAUGUCGGAAAAGGACUUGAUCUUCCUCUUUGAAUGGUUCUCAUCUGAUCAAAAUUUGUAAACACCUCUGUUCUUUCCUUAUUUCUCAUCAUUCCAAGAACUAAGAAUCUCACAACAACACCCAUCAGAGUGUAUUGAUUACAGACAUCAAAACAUUAAUGUGGUAAGAAAGUCUGAAUCUU